GGCGUCUGUGCGAGCGCGUGCGUCCACGUGCGUUGUGCGUUCCAUCGAAACUUCUAGAAACGCGUAAUCAACCACUAAAUCACACAACAAUGACCGUCCCAGUAACCGUCAGCAUGGAAUGGAAAACAGAUCUGAUAUUCCAAUUUCUAAGCCUAUACCAAACAGAACCUUUAUUGUGGAAUACGCUGUCAAUGGAACAUAAGAACAAAGAUGAUACGUAUGACGCGUGGAAAAGGAUAAAGCAACAGUUAGGUGACGGUAAUAUACCGAUUAAGGAAAUAAAGAGAAAGAGGGAUAAUUUGAUGUCUACAUACAGAAGAUUGAGAAGUAAAGUAGAGAAAUCGAAAUUAAUGGGUGAAGAAGAAUUAUACAAGCCUGAUUGGCCGUUCUAUCACGUUAUGGCGGCGUUUUUAGAUGACAUGUACAAUCCUAGGAAAUUGUCGUUUCCUGAUAGUUCAUACAAAGACGAGUCCCAUUCGUGCAACGAGGAAGAAAAUUUAAAAACGAAACCAGCAACAGCAAAACGACAAAAGACACAAAACAACAAAAAGUUCAAGAAAAUUAAAGAAGAUCCCGAUGAUCAGAUGAAUGAGGACGAUAUUGUGUCUGGGAACCAAGACGAGUGUGCCCUUUACACACAAUUGUUGUGUAAAAAGUUACAAACACUAAAAGAAACAACGCGUGAAAUUGCGAUGCUCGAAAUCGACAGAUAUAUCUACAAUUUGAAGCAACAAGAGAAAUCCAAUUUGGUGCUUGUCACGCCGACGUUGAUGGACCCGCUUGUAGGACAAUACUCUCCACGGUACCACUUAUCUCCUAAUUCCGAAUAUUCAUCCGUAUCUCAGCACACUCCAGAGUAUAAGCCGGAGUAUCCUAUAACCUUUUCCCCCAAUUCUUCUCAACAAGCAGAAGAGAAGUCGGAAUCUCAAGCGUCCAAUUCACAGCAUUCUCUAUCAGCGUCAUGACGCAAAAACUGAAGUUCUGUUGUUAAUUUUAGGAUUGUAUGGAGCAGGGUGGUGUUGUGUUGAUUGUAUAAUAGAUAUUAUGGUUACAAAGUUAUUUAAUAAAUAAAUGAGAUAUUUUA